GGAUUGAGCAAGUGAGACGAAAGAUAAGGCGGCGGAGAGGAGUGUUGGAGGGUUGCCAGGCACUGAGGUGGGUGGGAGGCUGCUGAUUUGACUUGAGAAAGACCAGUGGCGAGUCAGGACGCGUUCUUGGUGGGACGUGGAAGUAGAGGCGAGGACUCCUCUAACCUUCAGAGAGAAGAAGUUUGGUCAGCGUGGGAGUGUCGGUUGGUUGUCUCCGAGUUUCUUGAUCACUGGACAUCGUCUUCCAAUGUUCGUCAAAGGGUUUCUUCUCCUGUGUGGACUCGCAGCUUCAGGCGUGCUGCAGGCCAGUGGGAUCCGUAUAUACACUUCAGAGGACGUGGAGGCUGUCAACGGGACAGAUGUCCGUCUGAAGUGUACAUUCCAGAGUUCCACUACCAUCAAUCCCAAUGCCGUCAUCGUCUCCUGGAGCUUCAGACCUCUCAAACCAGGCCGAGAAGAAUCGGUUUUCCACUACCAGCAGAAGCCAUACCCUCCUGUAGAGGGCAUUUUCAGGAACCGAAUCAUCUGGGCAGGUGACAUAAUGGGCCGUGAUGCCUCCAUCAUAAUUCGACAAGUGAAGUUCACUUACAAUGGCACGUACAUGUGCCAAGUCAAGAACCCGCCGGAUGUGCACGGCCCAGUUGGAGAGAUUCGACUGCGUGUCGUCACGACAGCCUCCUUCUCUGAGCUUCUGCUGCUGGCAUUUGCCAUCGGGGGCGGGAUAGCUGUUGUGGUUCUCCUGCUCAUCAUCAUCGUGUCCUGCAGGAGAUGCAAGAAGAAGAGACAGAGGCGGGAAGGGGAAGUGGAGGCUCCUCGCAAAGAGAGAAAAGAUCCCACUGUGUGCCACCCAAUGAGGGCCAUCCACCUGUACCUAUCACAGACGUCCAUAGAGAUUGACAGUUCAGAUGGAAUGAUCUCAGAUGCCAGCACCAAAGAUCCCAGCUCCUCCUCAGAGGGUCCGAGCUCAGACGAUGACGACGACGACGAUAUCUAUUCGGACUAAGAAGGAGGUGGGAACUGACAGAGAGACAGAAGCAAAGAUAUGAAGGUAGCCAGGGUGCUUUCUGGAGGGAUGCCUAAACGGUAUCCAUGGUCCACAGUAAUGCCAAAUGGCGAGCAGACCAACGGCGUACUGUCGCCAUGCACACUGUCAUAUGAGUGUAAGGAAAAGGGGACGGAUGUCCUGUUGGAACAAUUCUGAAAAGGCACAAAGAGACUAGAGGGAUGCUUCUUAUGACGUCCUUGAAAGGGGAUCAAAAGUGUUUGUUUCUGUCUUGUCCAGCCAUAUUCAUGUGAUGGAACAAUGGAUGAUUCAUCCUGCCUAGGCAGCAGGUGACGCAGCCAUAGGAAAACUGUGGGUCGCAGUCAUUUCUUAAAUCCACGCUACCAGUUUAUCCCUCAUUGGUGGGGAUCGCAGUACAGUAUGUUACAUUGGAUUACUUGAAUAUAAAACUUGAUGUUGCUCAUAUGUUACACCUGCAGGGCCGCUGCUUGCUAGUUUGAGCCACGGUAUGUGCGCUCCUGCCGCAGAUGUAUGGGAGUGCACAGUUUUGAUCUGAAAAACCUUUGAAUGCAAACUGUCCCAGUGAGCCUCUUCUCCCUCCAUGCAUCACAUCCACUAACACAUGACUGCAAAAGAUGUGUUUUUUUGUACUUUUGUAAUGUUGAUGUAAUACUUAGCAAUGUGUAUAGAUGUCUUUCAGUUUUAAAGCCUGAAGUAUUUCAUUCUUUUUUUUAUGUAGAUACGGUAUAUGUUUGACAUAGAUAUUUUAUAAGACUGAUUUUCUAAUAAAAUG